UGAAAGCAUCUCCACAUUGAGCACCAUUGCAUGUUUUUAUUUUGAAUCCGGUGAUACGUAAAUGUUAAAAAGCAGGAGAUGGACGCUGCUGACUCGACAAAAGGAGACAGCACGGACGCGAUAGUGAUGGAUGAAGAUGAUUGUUCUGCAGACAUCCCAGAUCUCUUUCAUAGUGGGAUCCCGGCGGUGUCGCUGUGCCCCCCCGACGGCGUGUAUCCUGGCCAGGCCCAUUCGAGCGCUUUCCAAGCUGAGCGGGAAUUAUGUGACAGCUGCAGCAGCCUUGGCGGACCCUCUUCCUCCAGUCAGCUAUAUCACCAAGUCCCCCGGGGUCCAGCACAACUACGAAAAUGUCUGCACUGCAACCCUUACCAUGCUCUCGACCCAAACACACGGCGAGAACCGAACAGCACCGUGAGCUCCGAUGCAGAGCCGGGCGGGCGGGUCAAUGUGGGACACAGCUGUGGUUCAGCCCGUCAAAGCAUUCGCCAGCACGGUGCGGCCAGAUGUCACUGGCUGCACGGGUCGAGCGAAGGCGACGUGCAGAAACGGACGCAGCGACACGUGGUGACAGUGGGAGAUGGAGGACUCUACUGCUUGGUGAGAAGCUUCUUCUUUGGUGGUCUUCAUCUUCUUGACAGUUAUUCCCAGGUGCUGGUGGACUACCCACUAGAGGUUCUUGUAGGAUGUGCCUUACUGGUCCUUGGAUGUUCUCUGGCUGGCCUCUUCAUAGGUCCACUGCCGGACUUCUCUGAGCCUCUGUUGGGCUUUGAGCCACGAGGGACACACAUCGCCGUUCGGCAGUCCAGCUUGUCCAGGCUGCAGGAGAACACCGGCCCGGGGAAAGUGUUUGGUCUGUUGCCGGAGCAGCUCAGUAAAAGCAGUGCUCCCAAUGCAGAGGACAACCACAACACCUCAGGACUUCGAUUAAAGAGGAUGUUAGCCAGAGACUCGACUUCAGAGUCCUUCCUGUGCGACGCUCCAGGCCAGCGUUUCGCCCAGCUGGUGUUUCGCUCAGAAAACUCAGCCAGUCUCUGGAGCCUGAAGGCUAUCCACGCCAUGUGCGAGAUGGAACAAUCCAGGAUCCGCUCCCAGGCUCAGUUCCAGGAUGUGUGCCAGCAACAUGUGAGAGCCGAGGCUGAAGUGGCAUCCAGGAGUGGCUGCUGUCCCAGCUGGUCUCUGGGAAAUUACUUAGCCGUCCUAACUAAUGCCUCCUGCUGUCUAAGCCUAACCUCACACAAGGUCUCGGAGGCUCUUAAUCUUCUUCGAAGGUGUGCUCCUUACUACCAUGAAGGACACCUUGUGGAGACAUGUGUUCAAGAACCCAAGUAUGGUAGCUGCUCUUUUGUCCCAUCUCACUGCAAACAGUCCAGCAUAGUUUUCCAAAUUCUACAUUUCCUGGUUGAUAAAGACUUCCUGGGCCCACAGACAACAGAGUAUCAGAUCCCGACCCUCAAGUAUAGUCUUCUGUUUCUACCGGUGGAUAAAGGGGAACACAUGAUGGAGAUCUAUAUGAGGAGCCUGAAGGGAAGAGAUCUCACAUACAAAAAUACAACUAUUACUGGAAUGGAUCUUGGACUCAAGCAGUCACUCUUCAAGUAUUAUCUCGCAAGAGAUUCAGUGUUCCCAGUCCUCGCAGUCACUUCCCUUCUCUUCACAAUGGCUCUCUAUCUCCACUCCCUCUUCUUGGUGGUGUUAUCUGUGCUAGCAAUCACAGGUUCCCUCUUCACGUCCUAUUUCCUCUACAAAGUAGCAUUUCGCCUGACUUUCUUCCCCCUGGUUAACCUUUCGGCAGCGCUGAUUCUCCUGGGAAGUUGCUCCAAUCAGGUUUUGAUAUUUGCCGACUUCUGGAAUCUGCAGCUGUCCCAGAAAAACUCGGCCUCCCUUGAGAAGAGAGUGCACAGGGUUUUGCAGGAAAUGGGCUAUUUGAUUCUAGCGUCAGGGUUGACCUCCAGUGCAGCUUUUUUCUCUGGUUAUCUCAGCAGCAUCACGGCUAUCAGAUGUUUUUCUGUUUAUCUGGGCACCGCCUCUUUAGUCAGCUCUUUCUUGGUGCUGGUGUGGCUGCCGUGCGCUUUCAUCUUGCGUGAGCACUACACAGAGUCCUCUUCUGCAUCCGCCCCACUGCAUGGGUGGAAGCCCUGUUGCGCCAGAAACCCUGUCGGAUUCUGGAAUGAGAGCUCACGCAAGAAAUGCCUCUUCACCUUCGGGCAGAAGCUGAGAGAGCUGAAACGAGGCCUCGCUGACACGUCUAAUUUAGUGUUCCUCAAAAUCCUGCCGUGUGGAGUGGUGAAGUUCCGCUACAUCUGGGUGUGCUGGUUCGCAGUGCUUGCUGCAGGUGGCACGUACAUGUCCUGUUUCGACCCGGGAAUGAAGCUGCCCACCCUUGACAACACAGUCACUCAGCUUUUCCGCUCCAGCCACCCAUUUGAGAGAUACGAUGCCGAAUAUCGUCACAUGUUUAUGUUUGAGAGACAAAUGAAUGGAGAAGAUAGGCCCGUGACAUUGACACUUGUUUGGGGCAUCAAACCGACUGAUAACGGAAAUCCCUUUAACCCGAAUAGCAAUGGCUCUUUGGUUCUAGACCCAGACUUUACAAUGAGCCAACCUGAUGCUCAGGUUUGGUUGAGGGACCUUUGUGGACGUGUGCAAAACCAAAGCUUUUACUCAGCACCGUCCAUUGCGGACAAAGACACGACGAUAGAUAACGUCUGUCUUGUGGACCAGCUCGUACACUGGGUAUCUCUCAGACGGUGCUCAGAGAGUCGUGAUGAACGUCGUCAUUGCUGUAACGACAUCUCCUUCCCAUUCCCUGCUGGCAUCUUUGAGAGCUGCCUGAGUAUGAUGUUGGCAGAGAGGUCUGCUGAGGGACAUUUGAACAAAGGGGGCGGCCUGUACUUCCAGCCAGAUGGCCGCAUCGCCGCACUGGUGCUGGCAUUCAAAACCACCUAUCGCCACAGCUUCAAUUUCAGCCAAACAAGUGUUUUCUACAGAGAAAUCCUGGCGUGGUUUAACAAAGAAAUAUCAGGAGCUCCGCAAGGGCUUGAGAACGGCUGGUUCAUCAGUCAGCUGUCUCUUUUUGACCUACAACAAGCUUUGAGCGCGGAGACAUUAGUGGUAGCAGGCACCUCGGUGUCUCUUACAUUUAUUUUGCUUCUCAUAACCACCUGGAAUAUUCCAUUAAGUGUGUACGGGACUGUAGCUGUGGGUGGCAGUGUGUUUGUCACCGUCGGACUGCUGGUCCUCCUGGAGUGGCAGCUUAGUGGCAUCGAGGCUCUCUUCAUCUCAUCAGCAGCUGGGCUCUCUGUUGAUUUUGUGGCCAACUACUGUUUUUCCUACUGCUUUGCUCCACAUGCAGAUAGAAUAGGAAAAGUAGCACAUUCCACAAAAAGGAUGGGGUGUCCUGUAGCAAUAGUUUCUGGUGCUUUUUUCUGCACCGGGCUUAUCAUGUUGCCUUCGACGGUGCUGCUCUUCAGGAAAUUGGGGAUUUUCCUAUUUUUGGUGAAAUGUGUAGCAUGUGGAUUUGCCACUUUCUUUUUCCAGUCAUUGUGUUGCUUCUUUGGCCCUGAGAGGAACUGUGGCAGGAUUCCACUCCCUUGUUUGUCAGACCCGUCUGGUGGGAUGAUGUCUUCCUGCUCCGGGGCAGAACAAGUCCCCUCGUCCACUAACGGUGCUUUCGACUCAGCUCGAUUUAAAAGGACCUUCAACAAAGCAGGUGGUUACGCAUACCCGAACCAGAAUGCGGGGGAUCAGAUGGUAGCAGGAGGCGGGGCCAGAGAGCCAGAGCAGUACGAGCUGCAGCCUUUGGCCUAUCGACUUAGUGACAGCUUUGAGAACAGCACCUGCACCAGCAAGCUGUCCAACAGACCUUCUGUGCUCUCUGACGAGAUUGAGUACUGCGGGAGCGAUGGGGCCUUGGCAGAGGAAAGUGGGCAGAUUUGCGGUCGUCAAGUACCAGCCGCUCUGCAGACCUCAUCUCCGUACAAAGAGAACCUAACCAGAUAUGUAGGCCCGGCAAAAGAUGACAUGACUCAUGGCAAGAGGUUGUGUAAAUCUUGCCAAGAUUCUUCUAGAACACUGCAACACUGGACCAAUAAAACAUUCUCCUCCUCUUCUAGCAUGAAUGAGACCAUAACAAGCCACACUCUUGAAACCACUGACCAGCCAUGCCUGUGCACAGAUGAGCAAACCGCAGAAGAGAGACUCCUUCAGGCCUCCUCUCAGUCUGUUAGCUCCUGCGAAUUUCUGGAUGAGUCUAAUGAAACGUGUUUAAGCGACAUUGAACCAGGGCCUUCCAGCGCUCAGCCAAAGAAUGAAGAAGCUCAGUUACAACCGGGACACCUGAAUGGCAAAAGAGACACAUUACGUCUCUCGCUCAGGGAGACAGUUUACGAGACUUGCCGCAGCAGUCAGACUGAGGAUAUUGUCAUUUUACCCAACAGCAAGCCGGACUUACCAGACGUUUGGAUAAAGAGAGACGGACAACGAGAGGACAUGCUAUAAUAUAAGCAGAGAUCACAGUGUGUUGAUUGUCUUAAUGUCUUUACACAAGGACUUGCAACAACUAAACAACAGGACAUUGCACUUUCAGAAAUGGACAAAUGUGCAACAGUCCUUUUCAGUAUCAAUGUAAUGCGAUGGUUUUACCUAUAAUUUCAUUCAAAGGAUAGAAAGUGAUUUGUUCCCAUUUCUUUUUUUUCAAG